CGAUUGGUCUGCGGCGUCAGUAGGUCCCGGAGGUCGCGCUCGCAGUGACAGGAAGACAGUUUUUUUUUUUCAGUGUGGAGUGUGCAGUGUCAGGCUGCUCCCCGCCCCCCUGCUCUCUCUGCCCGUGUGCCCGUGUUCACGCUGGCAUCGAGGAUGGAGGUCCCGUCGUACCAGUCUCGCCUGCUCGGGGAGCUGAACGAGCAGCGCAAGCGCGACUUCUUCUGCGAUUGCAGCGUGCUGGUGGAGGGGCGCCUCUUCAAGGCUCACCGCAACGUGCUGUUCGCCAGCAGCGGCUACUUCCGCGCCCUGCUGGUGCGCUGCCUGCAGGAGCCCGGCCGGCCCGGCAGCACCGCCGUGCUGGACAUCGUGACGGCCGACGCCUUCGCUCUCAUCCUGGACUUCGUGUACUCGGGCCGGCUGGAGCUGCGCAGCGACAACGUCAUAGAGGUCAUGAGCGCCGCCAGCUACCUGCAGAUGACCGACGCGGUCAGCACCUGCAAGAGCUUCAUCCGCUCCUCCCUGGAGAUCUGCAGCCGCGAGAGGGAGGGGCUGGCGGACAGCGGCACGGGGGGGGUCUCCGAUGAGCCCGCGCUGCCGCCCAGCUCAGAGAGAGAGGGCUCCACCAGAGGGGAGGAGCUCCCCGGCUUUCUCCCCGUGGAUCUGGCUCUGAAACCCCCUCCUGUCCCCUCCUCCUCGUCCGCGGACAAGCCCAGCCACUCCCCCCCCUCCUCCUCCUCCUCCCCCUGCUCCUCCUCCUCCCUGCUCCUCAUGGGCCUGGCCAACCCCAAGACAGAGUUCGACCCCGACGAGGAAGGGGAGGAGUCAGUGGAGGAGAAGCCCCCGUUCCACGCCCCGCCCCCGGACUGUGACAGGCCCAGCCCCUGCUCCCAGCCCCCCAGCAGCGACGGCUACCCUGUGAAGCAGUUCCUGGAGGCGCUGCUGAGGGGCGGCGGGGGGGAGCCCAGGAGGGAGGAGCUGCUGCAGCACUUCAACCACAGCCUGGGGGGAGGGAGCAGCGGGGAGGAGGGGGGCGGCUUCUCCACGCCGUCCCUCAUGGAGAUCCACAGUGACUGGUAUGGGGAGGACACAGGAGACGGCCUGGUGGCGUCGGUGAAGCUCCACAGGUGCCCGUUCUGCCCGUACACCGCCAAACAGAAGGGCAUCCUGAAGAGACACAUCCGCUGCCACACCGGGGAGAGACCCUACCCCUGCGAGACCUGCGGCAAGAGAUUCACCCGACAGGAGCACCUGAGGAGCCACUCGCUGAGUGUGCAUCGCUCCAGCUGGCCCAUCGUGUGUAAGGGUUGCCGGCGCACGUUCUCAGGCGCUGUCUCUCACGGGCUGAAGCGCUUCGGACUGUGCGACGGCUGCACCUGCGUCACCACCACGCACGAGGACCCUGCCCCCAUCAACCUCAGCCAAUCAGAGGGGGCCGAGCGCAGCGACGGGGACGGCGAUUGGCCGGUCUACAUCGGGGAGUCGGGGGAGGCGGAGCCGAGGGGAAGGGAAGGGGAGGAGCUGGAUGACAAGCACCAGCUGCACAGGCAGCUCUCGGAGUGCGAGGGGUUAAUGGGAGGACAACAAAAAAUGGACAUGCUGACAGAUAUGCGAGGAAAAGGGUCGUCAGGCGAACACGGGCUACAGGGGCAGCAGCGUGUGCCCUGCAGCAGCUCCUCCCCCUCUGAGAUCUCCUCGUCCCACCAGAGCCGUCUCCUGCAGCAGCUGGACCAGCAGCGCCGGCAGGGCCUGUUCUGUGACUGCAGCGUGCUGGUGGAGGGACGGCUGUUCCAGGCUCACCGCAACGUGCUGUUCGCCAGCAGCGGCUACUUCCGCAUGCUGCUGUCCAGCGGGGCCCAGGGUGGCGGAGCCCAGCCCGUCGGGGCGUCCUUCGAGGUCUUCUCCCCGGAGAUCUUCUCCAUCAUCCUGGACUUCGUGUACUCGGGCCGGCUGGAGCUGCGCAGCGACAACGUCAUCGAGGUCAUGAGCGCCGCCAGCUACCUGCAGAUGACCGACGUCAUCGGAUACUGCAAGGGCUUCAUCCGCUCCUCGCUGGACAUCAGCGCCAAGGACGAGAAGGAGGACGAGGAGCAGCAGCAGCAGCAGCGCUACCCAGCGCCGUCCUCCGGCCACACGGGGGCGCCGCACGCCUCCUUCUCCUGCGCCACCUCCUGGCGCGUUCAGAACGGCAGCGGCGCCCAGCAGGAUUACCGCCACCAGCAGCAGCAGCCAAAGGACCAGCCCCCGCCCCCCUCCAAGCACCCCCUGCCCCAGGAGGGUAUGGAGUUCAGGCCAGGGAAGCCCCGCUCCAGCAGGCAGCCCCUGCACACCUCUCUGGGGGGGCUUGAGGGCGACGCGGCGGUCCUCCAGUUCAGUCCUGGUACGGAGGGAGGUGGGGGGGGCACGGCGGCGACGGGGCGGAAGAAGAAAGGCUGGACCCCCGCCCCACCCCCUGCUGCACUUUCACCUCCAGACCACAAGGGGGCCCCCCCUUCCUCCUCCUCCUCCUCCCCCUCUGCUACUUCCUCCUCCUCCUCCUCCUCCAAGCCCAAGGCUGAUAAAGCAGAUGAGCUGUACGCUACCCUGCCGACCAUUGUGGGGGUGGUGGGGCUCUUCAACCAAGACGAGUGCCCGUCCAUGCGGUUCAAGUGCCCGUUCUGCACGCACACGGUGAAGAGGAAGGCAGAUCUGAAGAGGCACCUGCGCUGCCACACCGGGGAGAGACCCUACCCCUGCGAAGCCUGCGGGAAGAGAUUCACCCGACUGGAGCACCUGAGGAGCCACUUCCAGACUAUUCACCAGGCUCAGAAGCUCAUCUGCAGGAAGUGUAAGCGUCACGUGACGGAGCUGAGUGGGAGGGUGGUGUGCGAGGGGACGCGUCGCUACCGGCUCUGCAACGACUGUCUGCUGGAGACAGGGUGUGACACCCCCGGCUCAGCCAAUCACAGCGCAGCGGAGCCCUGCUUCGAGGAUGACGAGGGCCUGUCCUGGCCAAUGACCGACGAGGACGAGCUGGCCGAGGACUCGGGGGCGGACCUAAUCAUCCAGGAAGUGGAGGACAGCGAUGAGGAGAUGGACAGGAAGGAAGUGAAGCCUGUCAUCGGAUAGAGCGCCCCCUGUCUUCAGGGAGGAGCAACUGCUGAAAGACUGUUCUGUGAUUUUUUAUUAUUUUAUUUAAUUUGAAUUCAAUUGUAUUUAUUUACUUAAUAUUUAGAGAGGAAACAAAAAGGGAAACCAGCUGGUA